ACCAAACGCACGAAGAAAGUCGGUGUUACCGGAAAGUACGGUACCCGUUACGGUGCCUCCCUCCGUAAGCAGGUCAAGAAGAUGGAGGUCUCGCAACACGCGAGAUACACCUGCUCCUUCUGCGGCAAGGACUGCGUGAAGAGGACGGCUGUCGGUAUCUGGCAAUGCAAGGCAUGUCGCAAAACAAUUGCAGGUGGCGCCUGGACUGUUUCCACCACGGCUGCUGCUACUCUCCGUAGUACGAUCCGGCGGUUGCGCGAGUUGACGGAGGCUUAA